UAGUUACGGUGCACAGCAAGCUAGCCAGCUUCACUGACAAGUAACGAACGUACACUUCCAUAAUCGAUAUCAUUCUAUUACCGCCUUCUUCCUCUCAAAAAUUCCUCUCCAAGUUUCAGAUUCCCAUGGAUUUUACACGGAAAUUGAGUUUUCUAGUGUUUUUGUUAUGCAUUCUCAUCUCCUUGCAGAACCAAGACGUUGAUGAUAUCAAUGUGAAGUUGGAAUUCUCUUCACGCACUGACAAAUAUUGCUCUCGUGAUUCUCAGUACUCAAUCUUCGAUGAUCACUCGUUUCCGCCACUUCCAAUGUUCGCUACCACUUCUGUAGAGGGGAGGAAGCUCCAACAACAAACUGCGUCUGUUGGUUUUCUCAUAUACGAUUACUACCAACAAACUUGCCCUCAAGCUGAGCGAAUAAUCCGAUCAAGUGUUCGGAGUCUUUUCAGAAAACAACCACAGAUUGCUCCUGCAUUGUUGAGGCUUGCUUUCCACGACUGCUUUGUUGAGGGGUGCGAUGCCUCAGUUUUACUGGACUCUGUUGAAGGAAUGCAUAGCGAGAAAGAAUCUCCUCCCAACGAAUCAUUGAAGGGCUUCGACGUAAUAGAUAUCGUUAAAUUAGAGCUCGAAGAAGCUUGUCCUGGAGUUGUUUCCUGUGCUGAUGCUGUUGUUUUGGCUGCUAGAGAAAGCAUUAUUUUGUCUGGUGGCCCUUUCUACCCACUGAAAACGGGAAGGAGAGACAGUCUGUCUUCUUUCGCAGAAGAUGCAACUUUUGAGCUUCCUAGUCCUCAGGAUGAUCUUUCCAAGAUCAUUGAGUCAUUCUCAUCAAAAGGUUUCGAUGAAAGGGAGACUGUAAGCCUCUUAGGGGCUCACAGCACUGGGGUGAUCCAUUGCAAAUUCUUCGUCAACAGGCUCUCCAACUUCAGCGGGACUAACAGCUCCGACCCUACUAUGGACUCAGAAUUUUUGAGUUUCUUGAGGUCAAAAUGCAACACCAAUCAGGCCUCUUUGAUGUCACCAAUAUCAAAAUCACUAUCCCCUUCCCAACUAAUUUCAACAUCACUUUCACCAUCAUCUAUUAUCCAUAAAUUGUCAUCUUCCCUGGUGGAGGAGCCAGCAAUACCGAUGGACUUUGAGGGACCAGGAGAAAGUUUUGGUACACUGUAUUACCGCAGUCUUCUACAAGGCAGGGGAAUACUGUACGUCGAUCAGCAGCUGACGGCAGGGGAAGAAACUAAAACCUGGGUCCAAGCUUAUGCUUCAGAUGUGUCAUUGUUUCACAAGGAUUUCGGUACGACAAUGAUGAAGCUUUCCAACUUGGGAGUCCUGACUGCACCAAUGGGACAGAUCCGCAAAGAUUGCCGGAAAGUUUCCUGAUAAAAGCUCAAUGGUUUGGUCACUUGCUUAGCCUAUUGCUAUUUUGGUACCUUAGCUCCACUUUCUCAUUUCUUGAAAUUCUGUGAUAUCAUUGUGCUUGGUAGUACAAGUGUUCUGGUUUUGUUUGUAAGAAAUAGG